AGGCGGCCGCGCGAUGCCUCAUGGGUAUAUGGUUGAACUCUUACAAAAAAAAACAAAACAAAACAUAUGAAAAAAUAGAAAAGAUUCGCAGAAACUAAGAAUAAACAACGACGGCGUUGUGAUAAAAAGUGUCCCUGGUUGAAAACAGGCGGGUUUCCCUCCUGCAGUGAAUGCCUUGCGCGUUGAAAAGUGUGCGGAGCUCAGCGCAAACAUGGCCGCUUGCGUGCUCAGGCGAGGCUUGCUCUCUGCUCUGAAUAAAUGUAAUAAAAGCAACUCGUUACGGGCUUUAAGUUUUGAAUACAGCAGCAGGCACGACACACACAGACCCCGGUCGCUGUGCGCGGUCUGUAGUCUGAAUACGCAACAGCAGACCCGGUUUCUCUCCUCAAGAAAUAGACCAGAGGGUAAAGUGUUAGAGACGGUGGGGGUGUUUGAGUCACUGAAGCAGCACGGCAAAUAUGAAACAGGACAGUUGUUUUUACACAGUGUGUUUGGAUACAGAGGGAUAGUCCUGUUCCCGUGGCACGCCAGGCUGUACGACCGCGAUGUUACCCCCCCUGCCCCAGAAAGCAAACCAGACAGCCCAGGAAGUCCCGGCUCCAAAGAGGUCAAGGGUAAAACACACACGUACUACCAGGUCCUCAUUGACACCAGGGACUGCCCGCACAUAUCUCAGAGAUCGCAGACCGAAGCGGUCACAUUUCUGGCCAAUCACGAUGACAGCAGAGCUCUCUAUGCUAUUCCAGGGCUAGACUAUGUGAGCCAUGAGGACAUCCUGCCCUACAAUUCCUCUGACCAGAUCCCCAUCCAACACGAGCUCUUUGAGCGCUUCCUCCAGUACAGCCCCUCCAAAGAUUCCAGUUCUUGCCCCGAGACGCCCCCGUUCACUGCCAGGGACACGCUGCGGGCCUGGCAGGAGAAGAACCACCCCUGGCUGGAGCUCUCUGACGUGCACAGAGAGACCACCGAGAACAUCCGUGUCACAGUCAUCCCCUUCUACAUGGGCAUGCGGGAAGCCCAGAAUUCACACGUUUAUUGGUGGCGUUACUGUAUCCGGCUAGAGAAUCUGGGAGAGGAAGUGGUUCAGCUGAGAGAACGACACUGGAGGAUCUUCAGCCUGUCAGGAACUCUGGAGACCGUGAGGGGCCGCGGGGUGGUGGGCAGGGAGCCAGUGUUAUCGAAAGAGCAGCCAGCAUUUCAGUACAGCAGCCACGUCUCUCUGCAGGCACCCAGUGGCCACAUGUGGGGUUCGUAUCGUCUCGAGAGGGCCAGUGGCACCUUCUUCGACAUCCGCAUCCCGCCCUUCUCGCUCGAAAGCAAGAAAGACGAUUCGCCCAACGGCUUCCUACCAGGGCCAUUCGCAUCCCUAGUCUGAGCCUAAAAUAUAAACCACUUCAAAUGAGAGAGAGAGAUGCACUGCCAUAGAUUGGAUGGCUAGUUAUUAUGUUUAGUAUUUACUGUACGCAGUAUACAUGCAUUGCAAUCAACAUGCUGUAAAUAUAAAUCUCCCCAUCCCCUCCCAAAAUUCCUUUGCAAAUGAGCCAGUACAGGUUUUACUAAAGCCUUAGUGGUGACUCCUUUGUCUAAUCUCAGGUGUACCAGUUUCAGCUCAUAGCAAAAUCUGGAAAGACUCAGAUUUGCAGUGCAACUGGAGUCGUAUUUACCUUUUCAAACUGCGAGGCUUACUUAACCAGGAUAAUGAAUGAGCACAAGCCUGCAAGCCUUGCUGUAACCGCUAGCGUAUCAAACAUUGCCUGUGGUGUUCCCUCUAUAUUAAAGCUGUAUGUACAGCGAAUGUAAUAUGUGUAACAUAAUGUAGAAAUCUGUGGUAAUGUUUUAUUUGUAAUAUAUGUAGAAUAUAUCAGAUUUGGUGUUUUGUGGAGGAUCACUGAGUGAAUGAUUUUUUUUCUUCUAUAGUGGUACUAGUGCAGUAGCAUGGUGGUGUCAGAUCAGGGUCUGAAUAAAUGUAUUGAAAAGGUUCUAAGCCUGUAUUGCUGUCCUGUGCACACCGAAUUCAGUGCUGUGAACCUCAGUUGUAGGCUACAUCGCUUCAAGAGAAUACAGCUAAGAAAUGAAAUAAGAGCUGGUUGCAAAAACCUGAGCUGUUGUCAUCCUUGGAAGUGGCUGUAGGAUUGAUUUUUAGGAUGUCUGUGAACUAAGUAAAAGGGAUUCUUCAAUUCGCUACAUGUUGUGUUCUGUUUCUCUGCUGUCUCUUUUCUCUGUUUGUAUUCGCUUACUAACCCAAAGCAAGUGUAAUACUGAAUGAGUGAAGUGGUAGCUAUCCAGUUUUGGGCAGUGUUUUUAAAUGCUUAGUACUGGUAGUAAACGAAACUUUAAAUAGGCAAGUUGCUGGUUAUAUUCUUGUAUUUAAAUAUUUCAUUCGGUUGUAAUCACCUUUCGAGCAGGUAGAUUUUUUUAUUUUUUUUUCAAUUUGCAUCAUUCUGUGUGAAAGGAAAUGAAACUCUGGUGUUAUAAAGUUAAGAAAGGGCACAGAGGUUUAAUGUAAGAGUUUUGAAAGUGUAACAAAGUUGCUGACUGCACAGACGGGGAGGGGCGUCUGCACUGAAUCCAGUAAAAGCUGUGCAUUGAAUACUCUCUGCUAUUGUAUCAAUGCGUUUAUAUACUUUUAAUGACUUGUUUGUAUUUUCAGAAAAGAGAAAUAAAAAGGUCUAAUUUA